UGAGAAUUGAAAAAGGGGGAAAGAAAAAGAAGAGAACUACUUGUUCUUCAUCGUCAUCACCAUCAUCAGGAUCUAGAUUUCUUUGCUUGAUUCCUCUUCAGAGUGAAACUAGUUCUGAAGAUUCAGAAACUAAGGUGCUUUACAAAGUUUGGCAACUGAAGCCCUUGCUCUGGAGGAGUUUUUUUUGUGUGAAAGGCCUCAGCAAUGGCGGUAAAGAUGAAGGGGAUCUUUAAAGGUCUGAGGAUAAUCUCGCAAAUGUUUGCUCAUAAGGAGCAUGAGAUGGAAAUUGGGUUCCCUACAGAUGUAAAGCAUGUGGCUCACAUAGGUUUGGGCACCAGUGACACAUCUCCAAGCUGGAUGAAUGAGUUCAAGUCAAUAGAAGAUAUGUCUGCAGGCUCUCUGAGCACAGCCGGGCAGUCAAGGCAAACUUCUUGGACUUCUACAGACUUUGAGCCAGCAAGAUCCAUGCUGCCCACUGAGAUUAAUUUCCCAGAUAAACAAGAUCAAGAGUCCUCCUCCUGCCCGCCAAGAGGCCCAAGGAAAGCAAGGCGGAAGAAGCCUAGAGAAUCAUCUCCUAACUCUGCAAGAUCAUCUUCCUCGAGGUCAAGAACCUCGUUUGCGACAGCGUACGACGAUUUCAAUGAGUCGCACAGAGGGUUCCGGGUCGUGUAAAAAAAAUGA